AUGGCCGUCUUCCUCGCUAUCUGCCCGAUGGCUGACACGGAUACCGUCAAUCUGACCGAAUCACACAGCAUGCAGGCCCCCAAGGACGCGACUUGUGAUCGCAAGCCGUCUUCGGUGACUGCCAAGAUGCAUCCAGUACCCAGUCAGACGGAGUGCAUCGCGAACGUCCCUCAGCAGAAGUCGCCAACCAUCAUCUGCGCUGAGAACAUUGCCCUUCUGCAAUUUCUGCACAAUGUCCCAGCACAGCCAUCGACCAGAAUUCUUCGCGCAGCUGUGGAAAACGACGGUCAUCGUGCCCUUUCAUUCGAACAGGAGCGGCAACUUACCGGUGCCCUGGCGGUUCUCUCCUCCAUCCGUGAGAACGCCAACCUCACUACUGCCGUUGCCGUCCGAGAAGUGCUGUGUGAUGGCCUCGGCCGCAUCUUCAACACCCUCUCCCAAGCUACCAGUGGGAAGUCAAGCUCCCGAGCCAGCUGCUUCUGCUCACCGUCAGAAGUGCAUGAUAGCCAGCUCGAGUAUCAAGUCUUCAUCGACAUCGUGUCUGUCUGCCGGGGGCGCAUCCUCUCCCUACUUCGGUUUGGCAAGCACCAACGGGGGAAGACGAAACCCCCCUUUCGAAAUGUGCUGCGCGAUAUGUGUGAUGCUGUUGCCUCGAUAAGGCAUAGAGACGCACGAGCCUUUCUCAAGGGAACCCGCAGACUAGUUGCGGCCCUUAAACGGUUUGAAAAUCACCAGACCGAUGCAGAGCUCCCAACGCUGGUCGAGGAGGCGCACACCUGGACUCGAAUGGGAGACUUGACAAGCCUCUUCCACCGGGUUCCAUUCUCAGCUCUGGGCGGGGCGUCCUGCGAAGAUUACCGAAGAAUCAUCAGCAAGAUCGGCCAGUAUCGGACUGCCGCUCGCCAUGACGAUUUCGUCAGGAUCACAUAUCGGAUCCUCGCAGAGGGAAAACUCCAUGCCGAGGUCCAAGUGCUUGCGUACUUGAAGAGCUUGUCUCACCACGACGCCCUUGGCACCAGGGUCAUCCAGUCGAACAAGAAGGCGUGCUUCCUUUGCGACGAGGUGCUCGCGCUUAAUGGGCUUCCUGGGGUCCCGAAGAGCCAUGGACGCCUGUAUUCUGGAUGGAUGCUGCCCUCGCUCCCGGGUUUGAAACAACUCCAACUGCAGCUGAAUGAUUCGCUCCAGCGCCGUGCGAACCGAAGUAUUGACAUGGUGUUGAGGAAGGGACAAAAGAUUGACCUGGUCUUCCCUGUCGAGAGUACUGCUUUGACGGUGUCCGAGGUGGCAGUCGCUGGGAUUGAGCAGAGCGAGUCGGUCUCAGCUCCUAGCAUUGAGAUCUUGAGUGCCCCCGUAACUACCUCUAAGCCAGAGACGUUGGGGGAGGACGAAGAGCUCAAGAUGCCAGAAGGCCCUGUUCACGGUAGCGCAGAAGACUCAUCCUCGGUUAUUUCUGAGGUAGACUCGGCCGAGGUAUUAACAUUGCCUUAUGUCGACGUGAUGCUAGACGAUGCAAACGGCAGCCAGGAUAGUCAGCCGUCCUACUCCGUCUCCCCUGGGGAGACAUAUUCGAUCCAUACAUUUGGAGGCUCGGAGAUGACGAUUCAGUACUCCACUGGCCCGGGUCACCCGAAACCAGCCAGUGCUCUCGUCUACCGAAUUCGGCAGCUCGAUAAGAGCGAUGUGGAAGUCCUGAAGAGCCAGGAUGUGCGCAUCUGCGAUGUCACGUCCCUAGAUAAGGGCUCUGAGGUCACUUUGGUAGGGCUUUCGCCCUUCUAUGUUGAUUUGCGCAGCACAGCCGCCGAGUUGAUGUUUUAUGAGUAA